AUGCCGAUUACAUUUUAUGGUUUGUUGGAAGCGAGUUUACUUGUUUUGAAUGGGAUCGCAGUUCUUAAUAGAGAGCGAUUCUUGAGUAAAGUAGGUCUUUCAGUAUCAAACUACUCAUUUGAAACGGUAGACUCCUUGUCUUUCAAAAUGCAAGUGGUGAAUCUUAUUGCUGCUGUACAAACAGUUAUGCGCGUUCCUCUUAUCGCAGUCAACAUAUUCGUCAUACUUAUGAAACUAUUGUUCGGAUGA